AUGUCUGAUUCUGUACUUUACCACUACAAUUUAAAACUUUGGUACAUCAGGUCACUUGGUGAAGAAGUAAUAGUUCAUACCAGCCUUGAAGAUGCCAUCAAAGAUUUGCACAAUAGGCAAGAUGUAGAAACUGUGUGGGUGAUUGGUGGAAGUUCUGUUUAUGACGAAAUGAUGAAAUCCUCAUACUGUCACAGGUUAUAUAUAACCAAUAUUUUGAAAGACUACAAUUGUGAUACAUUCUUUCCAGAAAUUGGUAGCCAGUACAAAUCUGUCAGUGAUCCUACAGUACCUUCGGGUAUCCAAGAAGAAAAUGGCAUUCAGUUUCAAUAUAAAGUUUAUGAAAAUACAGAAUAUGUCUCUAUUAAAAACAGUUAAAAGUAAACUAAUUCCACCAACUAAGGGAAAAAUAUAUUAUUUCUUUGUGUAGUUUUAGUUUCAUGCAAGUGGUGGAAAAAUAUGAACACAUGGUAAUGUGCUGAUAGAAAUAUAGAAAGACAGAAAAAUAUAGAAAGAUAGAAAAAUGAGAAAACUUGAUGUAAUUGUAAAAACAUGUAACAUUAAGAAAUAUAUGCAAUUUAAAUUA